CAAAGUUGAAAAAAUGGCGUCUUCCAUCGGAUGGAGAUGUGUACCAGUGCUGCUUUUUGUAGUAUUUAUCUUGUCGGUUGAGUGUUCGGACAAUAAGCCUAAAAAGAAGAAGGACAUUCGGGAUUACAAUGACGCGGACAUGGCGCGGCUGCUGGAGCAGUGGGAGAAAGAUGAUGACAUCGAAGAAGGGGAUUUGCCAGAGCACCGAAGACCCCCUCCACCCAUCGACUUCUCCAAAGUGGACCCUUCCAAACCCGAAGAGCUCUUAAAAAUGUCUAAGAAGGGAAAGACAGUAAUGGUGUUUGCAACAGUUUCUGGAAACCCCACAGAAAAGGAGACCGAGGAGAUCACCAGCCUGUGGCAGGGCAGCCUCUUUAAUGCCAACUUUGAUAUUCAGAGGUUUGUGGUGGGCUCCAACCGCGUCAUCUUCAUGCUACGUGAUGGCAGCUAUGCGUGGGAGAUUAAAGACUUCCUGACCCUCCAGGAGCGAUGUGAGGACGUGACUGUUGAGGGCCAGGUGUUUCCUGGGAAAGCAGCCAACAAGGCUAACAAGAAAGAGGCUAAUGAGACCAAGAAGAAGAAGAAGGAGAAGAAUGCAGCCAAUCAAGUAAAUAAAAGCAAACAGGAGCUAUGACCACAUUGAUACUGACUAUGUUUGCGGAGCAGGACAAAAGGCAGGCUGAUGCCUUAUAUAGAGACCAAAC